AGCCGAACAUUCCCCCGUGGUUCGACGCCUGCUCGACGGUUAUUGGGGAGAAGAGAAGUCCGUUAACUUCGGUCGGCUGUCGUCGUCGAUUUUCUCCGGAGGGAAGGUUGCAAUGGCGAAACAGAAACUGCAAGACUCGAAGAAAGACGGACACCCUUGAAAAUAUUCUGUAGAGGGAGCACAAACCAUGAAUCAUUAAGCUGAAAGGAACUUUUGUUUAUUUAGCUUUUUUUUUUUUGACAGCCUAUUCUUUACCCACAAACCUUCCUGCACAGAGCCCCCCCCCCCUGCCCCAGGCCAAGUGAGGAUAGCUCAUUUGCAUAACUCAUCAGCUCAGACAGCCUCAUUUACACAUAGCGACUCCCCGAAUGCAACGCGGUCCGCUGUAGCGCCGGGGAGGGCGGGGCGCGGCCGUCGGGCUUUUCCAGGACAAAAACGUCUGUCAUGCUGUCGGGGGCGCAGCCGUGUUUCCAGCUACUCCGCAUUGGCUCCUCGGCGGGGGGCUCGACGCGGGACCUGUACACCUUCAGGCCGGCACCAGGCCACUCUGUGUUCCGUCUGGGUCGGGCGGAAGAACUGUGCGAUGUCACGCUGGACUCACCGGUCGUGUCGCGCGUCCACGCCGAGCUGCACGCCGAGCGCGAGCCCACCAGCAAUGGCGGGGAGGAGGAGGGAUGGAGGGUCCACAUCAAGGACCGGAGCACUCAUGGCACUUGGGUGAACGAGGUCCGCCUGCAGGCCGGCAUCCAAUGGGAGCUGUCGGACGGCGACGCGCUGACCUUCGGAAACCAGGCGGCUCCCGGCAGUCCCGAGUUCUACUUCCUCUUCCAGAAGGUCAAAGUUAGUCCGCUGGACUUUGACGCCAUCACCGUUCCCAAGGCCGGGACGUUUUCCUCGGACCUGCAGAACCGGAUCAGAACCAACUCUGAGUGCAAGGCGGCGCCGGGUGUGGAUCUGUCCAAGCUGUCCAUCAACCGCGCCACCGUCAUCCUCAACUCCAUCGGCAGCCUGAGCAAGAUGAAGGGCAGCGCCUGGACCUUCAGGAGGAGCCGCAGCCACGACGGCGCUGCCUCAGACCCGGGAUCCUCUUCCCCGCCGCCGCCUUCUACGCCGCCGUCCGUCUCGCCCGCCGCCUCCUCGCUGGCUCCCAAGUCCCUGGGCCUAAAGUGCCUUGCCCCUAAGUCCUUGGCGCCCAAGCCCUUGGUGCCGGCCUCCAGGAGUCGCAGGAAGUCGGCUCACACAGUGCUGCUGGAAGACGAGAACUCGGACGAGCCCCGGAGUAGGAUGGGUCUGGAGGAGGAAGCGCAGCGAUCGCAAGGCAGGAAGAAGCGUCGUCUCUAUAAGUCCGCCUCGCAUGAUCUCUGCUCGCCGCCACCUCCUCCGCCAUCUUCCCACCCGCGUCCCCACGAAGCCAAACCUUUUCCGGUGGGCAUCAGAACCAUCGGCAGCUUCCACGGCGCCAUGACCAACACCCGCCUGGACCACCAUUACCAGCACCACAUGCCCCCUGCGCCACAGAGACAAGACCGCCAGGAGGCCACGGCGCCGCCACAUCAAUUUCAGAACACGGCCGCCUUCCGCCAGCAAAGACCCAUGCUGUCGGCGCCGAGGGGCCGUCGGAGGGCUCACAGCUCGCCGGUUUUCUCACCCCUGGUGGUGGGAGGCGAGAGCUACAACCUGGCGUCGCCCUCGGUGAGGGUUUGCACGGCACCACGGGGCCGCGCGGCGUUCAACAGGUUCCACCAGCAGCCUAGCAGGCGUCGCGGCCGUCCCCGGAAACACCCACUUCCUCCUCGGCCCUCUCUACCCUCGCCAUCCUCCUCGUCGUCAUCCUCCUCCACUUCCUCGGCCUCGUCCUCCUCAGGCUCAUCCUCAUCAUCCUCGUCGGACGAAGACGAGGAGGGGGAGCCGACAAAGGCCGUGCCGUCGGCUGGUGGGUCGGUGGAGCCGUGCGCGGCCCCACGCUGCCUGUUGCCCCAGCACGACCCGGUCCAGUGGAUCCAGUGCGACGUGUGCGAUGCUUGGUACCACAUCGACUGUCUCCACGUGGACCGCAAGAAGCUGCUGAGGGACCCCAAUGCUGACUUCCACUGCGGCUGCUGCUGAGAGCCACCGCAAACACUUGUUCAUUUUCAACGUCCUCGUGCCUCCUUGGAAGAAUCCAACGACUCAGGUGGGAUUUUCCUGUCGGUCAUGAUGAAAUUCGCCGAUAAAGAUGAUUUUUUUCCCCCGCCUCAGCCUUAAAUAAAACUUUAGGAAAUGUCUACCCAGUGACUCAGAAAAACAGACAUUAUCCUUUACUUUCCUGAGGAUGAAGGUGCUAUGGACAAUAAUCUGUUGCCCCACUGCCAUUCUACACAGGCAGCGCUGCCGUUUUUUGGAGACAGUAGCUCACAGGCCCAUGUCAUGGUGCUCUUCCUCACAGGCCACUUUAUUAGGUACACCAUUUUUUUUUAAGAUUGACAUCCAUAAAUUUUUAUCACACUUUUUUUGGGGGGGGGGGGCAGCGGAAUCUAAAUGUUAAUUGUAUAAUUUACAGUUUGUCCACAACAUGACUUCAGUUGCACACUACCUUGAAAGAAUAUAUCAACAAUAUUCGUCCCCAACAGCAGUCUGACUUAUGAAUUAAUUAAAAUUUUAGGGGACACCAAGAUGUUCCCCUGCUGUACUUGGACUAGACAUACCUGUAAAUCAAAAAUGAAUGUCUUUGUAAAGGCAGUAUUUUUUUUUUUUUUAAUCUUAAUGUUAUUAAGUGGUGUACCUAAUGGUGUCCAGUGAUUCUCCCGUCUAUUGGACCUCAACACGGGUUUCAGUUUUCAAAUGGUUGGGGGGAGUAAAAAAAUAUAUAUAUAUUGGUCUGCACGGUCAUUUUUGGUGCCCCCCUGUGGCUACAUUGUGAAACUUCAGUCAAUGUUAAUCGUCUUAAUGCUAAUGAGGUGGUGGGCAAGCAAUCUGUAUAAGAAAAGAAAUUGUUGAUUGUCGGGACAGAGUGAUGUGAUUUUUCUUUGUUGACCAAUCAGAUUGCUUGUACUUCAUAUUCCACUCUGUCACUAGGGGGUGGCAGAGAGAAGUGGUAGACUUAAAAAAAAAAUGUAUUCGCCGAGCUGGCAAUGUUUGAAGAAACAAAUCAAGUGUUCAGAAGAGUUUCAAAUGAUCGCCCCCUAGUGCAUUGGUGUACUUGCAAACAAUAGGAACGUUUUAAGUGUGAGUUGUGUGUGAGAUCUGCGUUGUGUGUUGAUCCAGUAAACACAACAAUGUUCAUCAUCUCUUUUGGCUAAUUUGUCUAUUUAGUGUAAACAAAUCGAGCGCACCUUCACAGACUCGCUUCUCACUGACCUAACCAGUACCUCCAAAAAGCCACAAAUUAUUGCAUCUGACGUUUUCAUGUGAUCCCAACAUUAAGCAAUGACAUUAUGACAAAAGUUUUCAUUUCGUAUACAUCCACCGGAAAUCAUGAUCCCACGCAGAGCGUUACAGUUGCUGAACAAUAAAAUCGAUUCCGGCGUCCAAGUCGUACCUCCGCCGGCAAAGCAAGCUGGUUUUCAAUCGCCUAUUCCAAUGUCUCUGGUAAUUUUUCCUUCCAAUGCCAAGCAUUUCAUGAUGUCCUUGUAACUCAUCCCGAGCCUGAAAUAAAAUUCGAUCACCCCGUC